AUGCGGCUGUUUUUCUUGUUUUGCUGCCUGCUUGGAAACGUUUUAAAUUCUGUGGCUGUAGAUUUCCCAGGAACAACAGUUUGCCAGGAUGAUCAACUACAGGUUGAACUUCCAGAGGAAUUAAGCAACUUGACUUUCUGGCAACUGGAACUUCUUGAUGCCAGCGGGGAAAGAAUUGAAGACUGUGACUAUAAAGUGGACAAUGAGAAACAAACAUUAACUGUUCUGUACAUGAACUGCACAACACUGGAGAAUCACAAGCACCACCUGAGAUUUAGGCUGCAAUUCAACGAUACAGUGACGAGUGAUAUCCAGAAUGUGACUUAUGACGUUGCCUGUGAUGCUCUCCAGGCUGAUGAAGCCGCUCGCCGUGGUCGUUUCGCCAGUGCUACAAAUUGCACCAAAGACUUCAUGGCCGUUGUAUUCCCGAGACUCAUUCCUAGCUUCCAUGAUGAACAUGUGGCCGCAGAGUCUCGGAUGGAGUGGAUUUUGUCAGUAGAAGAUGGGACACAAAUGCGCAAGCUGAGCCUUAGACAAGCCAUGCAACAGGGCUACAAUUUUCUGAUGGAUGACAACCGUGUCAUCAUUCAAGUCUCUUUUGAUGCUGCAGGAGUUGCUUCUUACAAGCAAGAUGGCCAAUUACUGUACACAGUGGCACUCAAACUGACUUAUGGAUCUCCCGAACAGCGGCUAACCGUAGAAUCAAGAAUGAUCUGUGCCCCAGGCCCAGCAAUCUGCAAUGCAACACACAUGACAAUUGCUAUACCAGACUUCCCAGGAUCUCUGUCAGCUGUCAGUCUAGACAAUAGAAACAUUCCACUCAGCCAAUUUGAGGCCAAUGGAAUUCAGGUGGAUACAAGGAAGGGUGUUAAACUGCACAUGAACAAGAGAAUCCUGAGGUCCCGGGUUUACAACGAUGACUACUGCUCAGGUUUUCAGUUGUAUGCCCCAUUGCUGAAGCUGUAUUUUGGGUACCACGGUGAAACAGCCACCAUGUUGAUUUACCCAGAAUGUCCUUGUGAGCAAAAUGCACCAAUUGCUGCUGUCUGCACACCAGAUGGCUACAUGGACUUUGAAAUACUCAGCAGCAGCACAAAGCCUGCUCUUAACCUGGAUUUGCUCCGGCUUAAAGAUCCUUCUUGCAAGCCAGUAUUCCAGUCUCCUUCGAACGAUGUGGUUCGGUUCCAUGUGCCACUGAAUGGGUGUGGAACCAUGCAAAGGUUCGAUGGUGAAAAGGCCAUUUAUGAGAAUGAAGUGACUGCAACUUGGAUGGAUCUUCCGGCACGAUGGAUUUCCAGGGACAGCGAAUUCAAGUUAACAGUGAUAUGCUACUAUGGUAGUGAUGACGCUGCACUGGAUAUCAAGAUCGGCAGUCUUUCUCCUCCUGAUUCUGUAGUAAACCAAGGCCCCCUCUCCCUGAUUCUUCUCAUUUACCCAGAUAGUUCCUACAUGGUUCCCUACAGCGAUGACCAGUACCCUAUAGUGAAAUACUUGCGGCAGCCCAUUUUCAUAGAAGUUCAAGUACUCAACCGUGUGGACCCCAACAUCCAGCUGAUGCUGGAUGACUGCUGGGCAUCACUUUCUCUAGACCCGGCCUCUUUGCCACGCUGGAACAUUGUGGUAGAUGGGUGCGACUACGAGCAGGACAACUACAAAACCGUCUUCCAUCCAGUGGACCCCACGGUCAGCUACUAUAACUUCCGACAAAGAUUCGAAGUGAAGGCAUUUGCGUUUGUUUCUGACGGCAAAGCUUUACCCAGCCUGGUGUACUUCCAUUGCAGUGUGCUCAUCUGCGAUAGAUUUCACCCAGACUCCCCUCUGUGCUCAACCAGCUGUCCUCGCAGGCCUUCCAGGGGCAGACGAGAGGUGGCGCCGGCAGCCAAUUCUGCUAUCGUGACCCUCCCUCAUGCUGUUAUUUUGGUACCAGAGGAAGAACAUGAGACCAGAGGCCAACAGGAAUGGAGUGAUGGGAACUGGCUAACUAGUAUGCAGGUGGCUGGCGUGAUGCUUGGGCUCGUAAGUGCUGUGUUGGCAGUGCUAGCUUUGUCCAAGAUCAAGAAGAGAACUCUCCUAAUAAACUGA